AUGACUUCCUUGUUCGUUACCUUCACGGUAUCCUUCUUAUUUGUCUUACUCGGACGUAUCAAUCGCACAAAUGCUCAAGAACUAGUUGGUUGCGCUGCGGUAGAUUGCCCCAACCGGUACGAGAACAGAGAUUCUCCAACAUGUCAGGUCGAAUCGACGGACAUGACACUGAUUGGUCUUGUCUCUUAUCAAACCCCACUGUCUGAGGAUAACCUAACCUGGACCAUUGGAGACUCUGGCCUGCAAUCAACCAUCACGACAUACAACCGCACCGUCACCAGAUCAUUUUACCUGGGCACUCCCCCAUCGUUAAACUUGACGUCUUCCACUUUGACCCACCGGGGAUGUGCAAUCUCCAUCGUCUCACCUGAUAGAGGCGCAUAUCAAUUCUAUUCAAAAGGAGCGCCGCAGUAUGCGAAUGAAGCUUCCUGCGCAGGAGCUUUGGGCGAGAACUGCAUUGACGAUCUGACUGGGAGAGUCGAUGAGCUGGCUCGAUCCAACGCUGGUGCGGACACGUAUAGCUUCUGUGCCAAUAUUGGGGAGGGCCUUCGGGCUAAUCCACCACUAAGCUGCUACAUUCGUGGUCAGCGGAUUGAAGCAGUCGCACUGACAGGAUCUUCGGCCCGACAAUCCAUCGUGGAGCAAGGAAAUGGAAGCAGCAACUGCUGGCCUACACUGCCUAAGACCAACGACUUGACGAAGAUAUUCGAAUAUGACCACGUUGCUUAUCUGGACGACACAGUGCCUUGGUUGGGAUACAAUCCUUUGAUCACGGUAUUUCAAGCAACCGAAAACCAGACUGGAGCUUCGCUCGACGAUAGUGUUGAUAUACGAUUGGCUUGCAUGAAGAUUGUAGACUCGGACAAUUUCAGCGGUAGAACCCUCGAUAAUGGCACUGGGACUGGGGAUGCUGAGGGCGGUGCAAGCAUACUUCAGGGUAAUAGUGUGUGGAGCGUCAUGGUCCUGGUAGCUGGUGCGAUGUUUUUAGUGGUAUAA